UGUAGCUCCGUUUCCGCACGAACUACUUACUUUGCUGCCACAGUACCGGAAGUUGCGUUUGUGGAGGUCAAGUCAAAUAAAAGAGUCACAAUGGCAAAAAAGAAGCGUUUGAGACUGAUCGCUGAGAUGGCCCGAAAGAUCCGGGCUUACCGAGAGCUGAAAAAUCGGCCGCGGGAUUCGCAGCGCUAUGCCCUGGACUAUGAAACCAUGACACGGCCGCUCACCGGUAAGAGGCUGCCGGUGCUGGCCUGGCAGGACGUGCGGAGGGAGACUCCGCUGUUCAGGCUCCUGGCUGGCAUGCGCAUGUUUGGCGUGGGACGGCUCUUUACAUGCAAGUCGUGGCUGGAGGAGCACACGGAGCCUUGCUACUGGAAGAUAACUAAAGUGAAAGUAGACUACACAGCAGAGAAUAUGGACCAUGGGAAAGCGUGGGGUAUUUUGACAUUUAAAGGUAAAAAAGAAGAUUCUGAGCGGGAGAUAGGUAAGGUCAUGUACCACGACUGGCGUUUGAUACCUAAACACGAAGAAGAGGCCUUUACACGCUUCGAGCCUGUCCCUGAACCCCCCAUCCGACACGUGCGCUACCCGCCGCUCCUGCGUGCCAUGAUGUUGGCACAGCAAGCCAAGGAGCUCGGCGUCAACGCCAGCACCCUUCCUGAACCCAGCCUACCUCUUCAACGAGACGUGCUGCUCAGCAAAGAGUACUUCCGCAACCAGGAACAGCAAAAACGGGAGGGAACGCCCGUGUAAGCAGAAUUCAGAAAAUUUGAAGAUCAAAGAUCAAACCUUUUAUGAGUAACCUUAAUGAAUUCCUCUUGCAUUCCUUUCAUUACGGGGUUUAUCUCAAAGUAGAAACUUUUCCUACCCAACGUUUCCUAACGUUAAUAUUUAGACGAGAAACACGUUUCUGAUUAACAUGCCAUGCCAACACUGUUAUAUCGUCAUGGUAGCCAUGUCUGGGAAAUCCGAAUGGCUGAAACAUCAUCUGCCCAUUUGUUGAAAGAUUAGGACUGUCCAGGACGAUUCCUUGGAGUCAGACCACUGAAGGAUGACUCGGAGACUAUGUAAACCUUAGGCUGUUUUUUGUAUUGUAUUUCCUUAAAGAGGAAGGAGUAAUCUCGCUAGGUGAUGUCUAUUACUGUACAUGCUCUGAUAAUAGCAUUUGCAUUAUUUAUAAAUAAAAAUGAGAUACUAAUGACAAAAUUAUAACAAA